ACAUUUGCGCUUGGUGCCUUGGCCCACGGGAGAAAGGGAGUCUGGCGGGUCACUCUGGCUUCCAGGCCCCGAGUACAGAAGCAGCCCCCCACAACUCGCACCACCUGUGUGCCCGGCCCCGAGGUAGGGGCGGGCCCUGAAUCCCGGGUGCCGGGGGCGCGUCACGGGCGCCCGCUCCUGAUUGGACGCCGCUACGGUCCGACCAGGCGCACUGGGGGGUGGGCAUCGCCAGAGGCCGGAACCGGAGUAACGGGACUCCGGGUGGUGGGAGCCCAAGGGUUGGCGUCGGUGUCAAGCCCAAAGCCCACGUUGGGAGCCUAGCCUUGACGCGCGCACCAUGCCCUACGUGCUCAUCAGCACCCAGAUCCGCAUGGAGGUGGGCCCCACUUUAGUGGGUGAUGAACAUUCAGAUCCAGAGCUGAUGCAGCAUCUGGGGGCCUCAAGAAGGGCCGUCCUGGGAAACAACUUCCAGGAGUACUAUGUCAACGACCCCCCUCGGAUAGUCCUGGACAAGCUGGAACGCAGGGGCUUCCGUGUGCUGAGCAUGACCGGCGUGGGCCAGACGCUGGUGUGGUGCCUGCACAAGGAGUGACUCAAACUGAGGAGCGCACAGGGCACCCCUUCUUUGGUUGCCAGGGGCCCCAAUCCCAACCCCCACCUCACUCACAGCCCUGCCUCUCUCUUCACAAAUCGUCAGUGUUCCUGGCCGCAGCAUCACUGAGCAGUGAAUGACCUUCUUUGAAACCUGCCUCAGCAGGGGGCAGGGAGAGCACGCCCCUCUCCCUGGUGCUCCCGACUUCCCCUCCACCUUCGGGCCUGACUUGAGGGCCCUGGAGGGUGGGCUGAGGGGCUGGCAAGAGCCAGGCUGUCCUUGGCCAGGAGCAAUGGCCCCAGGACUAUGUAGCUAGUUCAAGCCAAUAAAGGGCCAUGAUGAGUGCUGAUCCUAAGCUCUGCACGUGCAGGGACUCUCACCAAAUGCAGUGCCUUCCUGAACGUCUGUCUACCGCUGGGGAAGGAGCGCCAGCCUGGGCAGCCUGAGGCAGAGCCCAGCAACCAGGGCCACAGUUGGACAGGCUAGCACCCUGCACCCCUAUGUAAGCAAUAGAGGCAGACUUAAAAAAAAAGUUUAUUGGUGAGGGUUAAGAAAACAGUUUGGGGGUGGCAAGACGGGAGCUACGUGGGCUGCCCCACCUUGUCCUCCCGCUGUAUUUGGGCAAUCAGCUGCUGCCGCUCAGCUGCUUGGCGCAUGCGCAUCAUGACGAGGCUUUCGUAGUCCCUCUCGGACACCACUGAGCCCUGGGAGACAGAGGAGGGACAGGGAGGGGUCAGAGGACAGAGCCUCAGCAGAGCUCCAGUCAAGAGUCUAGGAAGACUGAUGCCCAGGAAGGGGAGGAGCCUGAAGCAGCCUGUAAUCCCAGUCCAUCCCUGUUUCUUCCAAGCCUUUGGCCUCCAGGCGGGCUCCUCAACCCACGUCCACCAGUGACCGCCCCCACUGUCCCCCUCAGGCCUUUCUUGUCUGUGGUCAGCUCUGGUUCAUCUUUCCCAGGUCAUCUGCUUCCUCAUGCUCUAGCCAGGCCCGCAUCCCCCUUCGUGUCCUCUCAGCCCUCUGCCCCACUGCUCUGCUGCUCACAGGCUGCCAGCGAGGGGACGUUGUCAGCGGUUGGGAAGCCCACUCUGCUGCCAGGCAGAGGUGGCAGCACUGCUCCGUCGCAGCUGCCCAUGCUCCUGUGGUCUGGCUCCUGUUGAGGACGCAGAAGGAAGCCCUACCCCAGACAGUCUCAACCGGCCCCACCCUGAGAGAGAAACAAGCAGAAGGCUGGCUUGCCUCCUAAAAAUACACACCAGGGUUCCUGGAGGGUAGGGCUGUAGCUUUUUCUUUUAUGAUCUUGCCAGCAGAGUGCAGGGGAUUAAAGACUGCUGCAUUUUAAUAAUCAAAAGAAUAAUAAACAACCACCUCAAUGGGCCUAGGCUGAGGGGUGGAGAGGCAGCUGUACAGUGCCACGAGCCCUGAGUGGCCAACCCCACACCCUGAUAAGGUCUGCAGUGGGAAUGAAAUCACUUCCUCCCUUGAGGCAGCUGGAACUGUGGGCAGUGGGGCGCAGAAGCGAGCCAGACUGGGGCUGCAGAGCAGGCAAAGGUGGGGAGCCCUGUCCUGUGGCAUGCCGAACUGGUGCACUCUCAUGGAGUAAGUCAGGAGGAAAUGGUGGUGGUCAGUGACCCAGAGAAUAAGAAGGGAGUGGCUGGGGUCAAGGUGCCAGGCCCUGGCCAACUGGUUUGGAGGAAGAGGUGUACAGAGCCAGGAAGUGUUAUUCAGCCCAAAUCCCCCUGCUCCUCCCAACCGCCCCGCCCUGCUCCCCUCACGUGGGCCACCCCCCCCAGCCAGGCCAGAGCGCUGACCAUUCAAGGCAGUCCAUGUGGCCCAGCCCCCUCCACAGAGGAGGGGCCUCAAGUGAGGCCAGGGCAGCCCACAGGGAAGGACGGGCUCCGGGUAGGAGGCAGCAGGACCCUGUCCCUCAGCUGUUCUCCCCUGCCCUGAGGCCAUCAGGUAAAUGCAGAAGAAUGAGGACGGAAUGAGGUCCUGAACCCAGGGCUGGGUACAGCAGCCAGACGGAGUGCCAGGCCAAGGGGAGGGCAAUUCUCCUCCCCCCAAGGGAAUACUGCUCUGCUGAGAAAACCCAGAGUCACCCUAGCAUACCCUGAGCCCAGCCCUGGAAAGAGCCGGCCCUUUACUGGCAUGGGGCUGCUCCCUGUUAACACACCCUCUGCCUCCUUCCCCCCAUACCUGUGGGCUCUGCUAAUGAAGGCCUGUCACUAGGCCCCAAGGCUGAGUCACCCACACCAGCAACAGGUCUCUUCCUUCCCUAACAAUCGUUCCACACGCCUGCCUUUCAAUUAACUGCCACCCUCCCUGAACUCCUCCCUCCCAGACACACUGGGGGCUGGGCCACCUGCUAGGGCCCCCGGCGGUGGGGCAAAAGGAGACAGCGUGGUGACAUAGAAAGCAGGGCUGGCCCCAGACCAGCCCCCAGAGGAAUCUUAAGCUCCCUGGUGGCCCUGGGGUGUUGGCCACGGCUGCUCCAACCCCUGCAUGCGGAUGCUGCAAUCACCUCAGAGCAUGAAACCCCGGCUUCCCACCUGACUGAGUCAGCUGAGAACAACACACCUCCACGCCACACACCAGCACAACCAGCCGGGCACUGAUCGCAGGCAGGGCGCCUCGGCGGAGAGGAGAGCCAGGGGCCAGGGAGUGAGGGAAGAAGCACAAGCCGCUCCUGCCGGCCUGAGAAGACCCGUCUCUGACACCCCUGGAGCAGCUCUCACUCCGGCUCCAGUAAGGGCUGCUGCUUCGCCUUGGGUUUUUCCACUGCCCUAUCAGGUAACCGGGCCGUCCCGUCCCUCCAGGAAACUCUGGACACCAGGAACUCACAGCGCUCUGCUCUACUCUUCCUGGGACCUGGUCUCACCGCCCAGGAUGCUGGCCUGAGGUCUGUGCUGGGCGGAAAGCGGGCAACCUCUGCGGAAAGCCCCCGGGGGCUGUCUCCCGCUCCUUGCCCUUCACUGAUCUGCAGGGACCGGAUGCUCCCUGCCACUCUUGAAGUGGACUUCUAAGGUCUGCUGGCAACCUAGGUCCAUGGAGACCUGGCGAAAAGGCUCCUUCCGCAACGCCUCCUUCUUCAAGCGGCUGAGCCUGGGCCGGCCUCGGCGACUCCGGCGGCAGGGCAGCGUGCUGAGCCAGGCCAGCAUGGCUGGCGGGGACCAUGAGGAGUACAGCAAUAGAGAGGUUGUCCGGGAGCUUCGAGGGAGGCCGGAUGGCCGGCGCCUGCCUUUGUGGGGGGACGAGCAGCCGAGGGCCACACUUCUGGCCCCUCCCAAGCCCCCGCGCCUCUACCGAGAGAGCUCCAGCUGCCCCAACAUCCUGGAGCCCUCACCUGCCUACACCGCAGCCUACUCCGUGACCCUGCCCUCAGCAUGCUCCCUGGCGGGCCCCCUCCACGAAUGCUCCCAGGAGGACCUUGUGGAUACGCCCCCCUUCCAGAGGACACCUGCUCCGGACCUUAAUGACCCCUUCUUCUCCUUCAAAGUGGACCUGGGGAUUUCACUUCUUGAGGAAGUUCUACAGAUGCUGCGGGAGCAAUUUCCCAGUGAGCCCAGCUUCUGAACGGGGUGAGGGUGGGCAGAAGUGUGGCAACUGAAGAGCUGAAAGCCUGGGGACCCAGGAAAGGAAGGUACACUCGUGGAUUGAGAAAAAGGUGGGGACGGGAAUCCAGGGCCCUGCCCACCUGGAGUCCUCAAUAGUCCUCCAGGUCACCCUGGAGCGGAGGGCCGGAGGCAGCGAGCUAAGCUGGACAUGCUGUGAGCCCUGAAGGGCGCUGGCUGGGCUGGCAAAGGGAGGCCAUGCCUGCAAGUCCAGGGACCAGGCAGAGGCCAGCAGAGGGGGCGGGAGGCACAAGGGGUGAGUCAGAGAAUGGAGGACACACAGACUGGACGGAGCAGAUGGGUGAUGCCCUGCCCCAGCCUCCUCUGAAGCUACUGUCAACAGAGAGAGGUCACAGGACAGGGCUAGGCUAAGUGGUCCAAAUCAGGCCUAAGAGGGAAGUGGGGAGAUCUGAGGAGAGAGGGAUGGGACAGCCUUGACUUUGGCCAAUGUGGUAGCCACUAGCUACAUGCAGCUGUUUACAUUUAAAUAAUUGAAACUAAGUAAAAU